AUGGAAGAGCACACCAUAACCGUAUUGCUGCUCGGCGACGAAAAAUGCGGAAAAUCGACAUUUCUAUCACGCAUCAGCCAGGGGCGACAUAACCUCCACAGCCAAACCCCCAUCACCCUCCUCCGCGACCUGGACCAGCCAUUUGUUUUCGAGAUCCGCUCCCGCAAAGGCCAAUACCGCUUCGAGUUUUACGACACCUCCAGCCCAGAAAGCUGGAAACUGCUCCGGCCCGACCUGGUCAUUCUGUGUUAUGACAUAAGCCACCGGCCAAGCCUCGUCAACCUCCAAGAAGUGUGGAUCAAACAAGUCCGCACCGUGUUCCCCUCCAGCGACGUGCUCCCCGUCCUCGUGCUGGGUCUCAAGCGCGACCUGCGCACCGAAGACGACCCCAACGGCACGCUCUACCCGCAGGAGGGUUACCAGGCGGCGCAGGCCAUGCGCGUCGACAAGUACAUGGAGUGUUCGGCGGUCACGGGCGAAUUGAUGACCGAGGCCUUUGACGACCUCUGCCGCACCGCGCUGCAGACGACCACCCCGGACGGAGGGCAAAGUGAAGGUGGCUGCGUCGUUAUGUAA